ACGUUUCGAGUACCGUGAAAAAAAGUCACCCAAUUUUUCCGUGCUUCGAUUAAAUUUCUGUAGAGUGAUAUGUGUACUUGAAUAUGACGGUCUCUCUCUCUCUCUCUCUCUCUCUCUUUAACUCAUCAUCUGCGAUUCCGAAUGAUGUAACAGUGGAUUGCAAUUUCAAAGUUGACUAUGUGAAUUUGAAACGAACUUUGUUUGUUGAUUCUACCUUGUUUGAUUUGAUUAAAUCACUUGAAUCGAGGUGUGUGGAACUAUUCUUGUACCGUUUGAAACAGACCGCAUUAAUAAUUACUUGACAUUAGAUACGCGAUGAGUUCAUGCACCGUGGCUGGUGUUAUAUUCUGGGUAGAAAUGGGGGACAAAUUACUAGAUUGUUGGCACAAAAUAGAUGAUUGCAGCUGAGAGAGUGGGAAGGGGGGCUAUUUGAAGUCGGCGGCAAGUUCACGGUGAAAAAUCUUACACACCGAGGAUUUAUGUAAAGCUCACGUCGGAAGUGUCUCUUGGAACUGUACGGGAGAAAAAUUUAUGAACCGUUGCAAUUCUCGUAUUGCCAAAGAGUUCUGUAAAUUAAUAUAGCGUGUAGUUUAAGUCUGGAGUUGUUAUAUCUUGAGACGUGUGAUAUAUAUACGAUCAGGCUAUGACAAUUAUUCGCUGAUAAUGAAACUGUACCUGUUCAACAGAGAUGCGCGGAAUGAUUCUUCCGAAUUAUUGUCGUCUCGUCUGCUCGUCAUUGAAAAUUUUUUUUUCACCACCUACUCGAAAGUUGAUCUCUUUAAUCCUCGACGACAAUAUGAAAUUACGUGAUUAAUGCAUAAAUCAUGAGAGAAAGAAAGGACUAAUGAUUCAUUUGACGCACGUGGAGAGUGUCUGGUGUACCGAUGAGUUGUGAAAGAAUCGCAUGAGUCUUUAUUUUCACAUAUUUUUCAGAAUGUUUCGACCGAAAAUCCAGUUUCAUCUCAAGGCCUCAAAAGACGAGAUUUUUUUCUCAAAGAAAUGAUGAACGUUUCAUUCGGCGCUCGGUUGACGAAAAUUCGUGGGUUUCAGACGACCUUGAUAAACUUUGAGUGACUGUAGCCGGAGCAAAUGUUAGAAAUCAGCGAUGCGGCGUCGGGAAUGCAGCCUCUUGCCGCAUCGCGAAAUUGAUUCUAUAAGGUGCAACUCUGUCGGCUUCUCGGACUGGAGGACUGGCGUCAGGGAGGAAGAUAAACGGCGGCAGGCAAGAUAAAGCUCUCCUGCUCCUACAGCAGAAGCAAGCUCCUCCCUGCAGUUUCCGAUGCUACGGAUUUACUAUAAAUUGAGUUGAGUUGAUCUUGCCACGGUCAGACGAUGGGUUUCCAGCUUCUGUUACACUGUUGAAGGAUUGCUGUGACUACUUGUACAGCCACGCUAUCGUUGAAAACAUUUAUGGUCACGUGCCGAGAACAUUUGGUUGAAACACAACCAUCCGACAUGGAUAAAGAAAAGUGCACCCCCGUUCGUGAAUCGGGAAAAUAUCAACAAAUCAUCGCUGCUGUGACAAUCAACCUGGCCGCGUUCGCGUACGGAACAAUGGUAGGCUGGACAUCACCGAUGACACCGCAACUCCAGAGUGAUAAUCCGCCUGUUGGAGUUGAACCAAUGUCGGAUGAGGGUGCUUCGUGGCUUGGAGGCUCUCUCUGCGUUGGGGGUCUUCUGGGCACUCCGCUCUUUGGCAUGAUGGCGGAAAAAUUUGGGCGGAAAACUGCCGGAUACUUGGUGGCGAUGCCUUACGGAAUUUGCUGGCUCGUCACCAUAUUCGCCCAGGAUCAGAGCUACCUCUUCGUGGCUCGUUUCUUCGCCGGAAUCGGUGGCGCCGGUGCAAUUUUGGUGGUUCCCCUCUACGUCGGGGAAAUCGCGAGCAACGACAUCCGCGGGAUGCUUGGCAGCCUGCUCGUCUUCUUCAUCAACAUUGGUAUCCUCCUCACAUACGUUCUGGGGACUCUCCUGUCCUUCCGUGUCUUCGCCAUUUGUGCUUCGGUUAUCCCCAUGGUUUAUCUCGGGGCGUUUAUAUUCAUGCCCGAAUCGCCGACGUAUCUCGUUCGCUGUGAACGGAUGUCGGAGGCUGGAAGAUCUUUGCUGUGGCUUCGAGGUGGCGAACGAGAAGUCGUGGACAAGGAGCUCGCCUUUCUGAGCUCAAUGGCCAAGGAGUCAAUCGUGUCACAGCAGAAGGUCGGCUUCAAGGACUUGUUCAAAACCCGUAGAACGAUCAAGGGUGUUAUAAUCGCGUUCGGCCUCCUCGGCGGGCAACAACUCUCCGGAAUUUUUGCCAUAAUGAGUUACUCGGCGACGAUAUUCAAGGCUGCGGGUAGUUCGUUGUCCCCUGACAUGGCCGCAAUUAUUGUUGGAGCCAUUCAAGUAUUUGGCUCGAACAUAUCAACGGCGAUGAUGGAACGCGCUGGAAGAAGACUAUUGAUUCUGAUUUCUUGCGCCGGUAUGUCCGUCUGCCUUUUCACACUCGGAUUCUUUUCCUACUUCCAAAACCACGGUUACGAGGUAACGGCCUUCAGCUGGAUUCCCGUAGCUGCGUUGUCGGCUUACGUGAUCGUUUACUCCUUGGGCAUGGGUCCAGUGCCAUUUGUCGUCGCCUCGGAAGUCUUCAGUCCGGAGAUUGCCGGGCUGGCCAAUUCCGUCUCCAUGGAGUUUCUGUGGAUACUGGCCUUUCUGGUAUUAAAAUUUUUCCCGACCAUUUCCGCUCUCGUCGGUAUUUACGGGUGCUUCUUUAUCUUCGGCGGGUUCACCGCGCUCACGUUCGUAUUCACGUGGAUUUUCGUCCCGGAAACCAAGGGCCGGUCUGUCGACUCCAUUCUUCAAGAACUUGACGGAAACUCGAAACUCAGGGACCGUGCGAAGUACAUCACGACCGAAGAGUCGAGUAAAACCGGCUCAAGUUCCGCCGCACCAACUCAGGUAUAGCUUAUAAGAGAUUUGUUUAUAGAGCGAUAUUGUGGUUUUUGCGUGUUUACGUAGGUGAAUGAUCAAGUCCAGGCUGUCUUAUGCCGUUACGAUUGCGCAGUCGUGCCUUUUAGAAGAAGUAUUA